GUCGCCCGAGCUCGUUUAUUUCCCAAACUCCGGGCACGUUUAAACACCGGAUACGUCGGAAUAUGUUGUGUCGAACGUUAACACGGGCCGCCGGUGCGCUUUGGCAACGGCAUUCGUGGAACGUGCCCGGUGUGCGACUUUCAACGUCGACAUCACGGUCUUCUCAAGUCGCCGCCGCUAUAUCCACUGUAAACAGAGUUAUUCUCCGCUCCCUCAAAGACCACUAUCUCGAAGUCUCCAAAAUGACCCCUCCCCCGAAAAUUAGUCCUCCUUCUCCAUUCACAGUGGUGAAGGGAGCACUUGAUGGUAGUGGUCCUGUUUUGAAACGGACAUAUGAAAACGAGGAGAUUUCUAUCUCUGUAAUGCGUUUGGCCAAUAUUAUACCCGGAGGAGGGGACACCAAUGAUGAUGAUGGUGGCAUGAAUCAACUGUUUCUUCAUGUUGACAUAUCUAAGCCUGGUCAAAGGGAGUCUCUGCAUUUUCUGUGUGGCCUUUAUCCUGAUGCUUUGGGAAUCCAUUCAGUCUCGUUGAGAGCUAGGGAUGAUGCUGGGUUUCUUGAAGCCUCAAAUAAGUAUGGUGGUCCAUCGUUUGAAGAUGUAGAAGAAAGAACUAGAGAUGCCCUCCACGCCUACAUUGAGGAGCGUGGAAUCAGCGAGAGCUUAUUCCCGUUCCUGCAAGCUUGGCUAUAUGUUAAGGACCACCGGAAUCUCAUGCGCUGGUUCAAGACAAUAGGUAUAUUCGUUGAGGAAGGGUUGCCGCUAGUUUCGAUUGUCCGCUACCGGCUUAAGCCGAGGAGUGGGGCUGGUUUUCGGCCAUCCGUUUUUAAUUUCGACAUAGAGGAUUCGGAAGGGGAGGCGACAAAGGAGGCAAGUGAAGUUUCUGGUUCGGACCGGCAGUUUUGUGGUGUUUUGACGGAUGAACCGAGGAGACGUAGCAGUGCACAGAGCGACAAAGGGCUGAUCAAGGAGGAAUACAGAUCGGCAGUUCGUCCCCCUCCUGAACCGCCGCCUUGGAUUGAUCGAGAAGUCGGGGUUUUGAAGAUGAUUUUCAAGAGAACAGUUAGAAAGAAGUUUGGAAUAUUUGUCAGUUAUUCUAUUUUUUAUGGUCUUAUUUUCGUUUUAUGUUUGUUUACGGCGUUUCGUUUUUUGUUGAGGACUUUAGUUUUAAGUCUACAAUAAUGAUUGUCAAUUCUGCUAGAUAAUAUGUCAUUAGAAGGAUCUAUAUGGCCAAUGAUUGUUGUGUCACACCCUCUUGGUGGUUAGCGAUUUGUAUUGCUCUUUCAGGGGUGAUCGUCUCAGAGUCUAGCCGUAGGGUUGAUUAUGAUUGUUGGUUAGGGAUUGUUUUUGUCAGGGUUGAUCUUUUUUAGUUUGUUGUAACGAUCCUUUGCCUAAUGAUUUUAAUAUAAUAGUUGGAUUUGAUGAUCAAAAACAAAAAUCCUAAUUUAAUGA